CCCCCACAUACUUUUGUAAAUUACAUAACAAUCCUACAAAUUUAAAACAAUUUCAUCACAACCUAAAAUUAUAUUUUAAGAUUCCAAUCCGUCUUCUUCAUUUGGGAAAAGAAAAUGGACAAAACCAAUCUUCCACUUCAUCUUCUUCCUCAUUGUUCUUCUACAUACCAAACCGACCAACUCCUUCAUCCUCUCCUUAUGAGUCAAUAUCAGAACAGUAUUAUUACCCAAACAUAUAUUCGAACGAUUUACGAUCAAUAU